GCGCGCUUCCCGGCGUCCCCCGCGGCGCGGCGUUCGCGGCGGACAAGAUGGAGGCGCACGGUGAGGAGGGGGAGGCCCCGUCGCCGCCGCCCGGGCCCGGCGGCGGCGUGAACGUCUUUGCUAACGACGGCAGCUUCCUGGAGCUCUUCAAGCGGAAGAUGGAGGCGGAACAACAGCGGGAGCGUGAGGCGGCGGCAGCGGCAGCCGCGGAGGCCCCCGGCGGCGCCGGGCCCGGCCCGCACCGUUCGUCCGACGGCUCGAAGAGGAGCGGCGGCGCCCUCAGCUUCGUGGGCAGGCGGCGAGGGGGGAACAAGCUGGCCCUGAAGACAGGAGUGGUGGCCAAGAAGCAAAAGACGGACGAGGAGGUGUUGACGAGUAAAGGCGACGCCUGGGCCAAAUACAUGGCGGAGGUGAAAAAGUACAAGGCGCACCAAUGCAGCGACGACGACAAAACCCGGCCCCUGGUGAAAUAGCGCCCGGACUCGCCCCUGUAUAUACUUAUUUAAGGGCGGGGGAGGUGCCGGCCCCGCCCCUUUUAUAUCUAUACGUACCGAUACGUUGCUGCUCCCGCCCUGCCGGCAACCAGGACUUGAUGCGGCCGUCGCCGCCGCUCACCGGGACCCGUCGCCGUUCUUCUUUCCCACCCCCUUUCACCGCCUGCCCGGUCCGGGGUGGGGGGUGUGUUUUGGGGUAGAAAGCGGAGAAAUGGGGAGGGGAGAGGCGGGAGCGGAGGGGCCGCUGUCGCAGCAUUAAAGACCUCAGAGAUUUCGGAGCU